GCAUAUGUCUUUAUUUUAAUUACUUUUUAAUUAUCCGUAAUUGUCGCUCUCUAAUCCCCCAACACAAAAUCCAAACACCAUUAAUCAAACUCUUUCAUCUUUUUUAAUCUUUUUGUUUUCUUUAAUCUAAUUCCCAAGACUUCAAAUCCCCAAAGCCCAAAAACCUUAUCCCACAAUUCCCUCAUUAAAUCCUGAAAUUUUAUCUUUUUUUAUUUUAUUUUUUUAUUUUAUAUACAAGGUGUUUGAAUUCUAAGAGGGGAUCUCAGCAAUGGCAAAGAAUGCAUCUAACGGAACCACAACAAAGCCACCACCACUGCCAUCUCCUUUGCGUAAUUCCAAAUUUUUUCAGUCCAACAUGAGGAUUUUGGUUACUGGAGGAGCUGGAUUCAUUGGCUCUCACCUAGUGGACAAAUUGAUGGAAAAUGAAAAAAAUGAGGUGAUUGUUGUUGACAACUACUUCACCGGCUCAAAGGACAAUCUUAAAAGAUGGAUUGGUCACCCCAGAUUUGAGCUUAUUCGCCAUGAUGUUACUGAGACACUGUUAGUUGAGGUUGAUCAGAUCUACCAUCUUGCAUGCCCAGCUUCUCCAAUUUUCUACAAACACAAUCCCGUAAAGACAAUAAAGACAAAUGUGAUUGGCACAUUGAACAUGCUUGGGCUUGCUAAGCGAGUUGGAGCAAGAAUUUUACUUACAUCAACUUCAGAGGUAUAUGGUGAUCCUCUUGUCCAUCCACAGCCUGAAAGCUAUUGGGGUAAUGUCAACCCAAUAGGAGUUAGGAGCUGCUACGAUGAGGGAAAGCGUGUGGCUGAGACCUUGAUGUUUGACUAUCAUAGGCAGCAUGGAAUAGAAAUACGCAUUGCCAGAAUCUUCAAUACAUAUGGACCUCGCAUGAAUAUUGAUGAUGGGCGUGUAGUCAGCAACUUUAUAGCUCAAGCACUCCGUGAUGAACCUUUGACUGUCCAAGUUCCUGGAACUCAGACUCGCAGCUUCUGUUAUGUUUCUGACAUGGUUGAUGGCCUCAUUCGUCUCAUGGAAGGAGAACACACCGGACCCAUCAACAUUGGAAACCCAGGUGAAUUUACAAUGCUUGAACUUGCAGAGACAGUGAAGGAGCUUAUUAAUCCUGCUGUAGAGAUAAAGAUGGUUGAGAACACACCUGAUGAUCCACGACAAAGGAAACCUGACAUAACCAAUGCAAAACAACUGCUGGGUUGGGAGCCCAAAAUCAAGUUGCGUGAAGGCCUUCCCCUCAUGGAGGAGGAUUUCCGUCUCAGGCUUGGAGUUGCUAAAAAGAAAUGAGCGGUUUCUAAUUCGGCAAAGAAAAAAGAAAUCAGUUUGUGUUAUUAUAGGAAAUAAUUAGUGAUUACUUUGUGUCUGUCUUUUUUUUUUUUUUUUUUUUUUUUUAAUUUUUAAUUCUCCUUCACUUUUCACAAAUGUUGUUUCUUAUUACCCCGAAAAUUUUGCAAGUGCACUAAUAAAUAAUAAAUCUAUAAUUUUAUUUUUGGGUUUA